GCCAUCCCCAGUUCUCGCGAGAUUAUAUAUUUUCCAACAUGGCUGCUUCCACGAGUGCUGGUGGUGGCUCUAAAGACAGUGAAACUAGUGCAAAUAAAGAUGCAGAUUCAGACACAGUGGAGUUUCGUCCGGGUUUUAAAGAUGUGGAUGCAUAUGUUAAGUAUGGACUCGGCACCGUCAUGGCUGCCACUAAAGCGUCCGCUGGUUUGCCGCAGGCUGGAGACGAGUACGACUUUUACCGGAGCUUUCCGAGCUUCCAGGAGUUCUGUUCGCAGCAAGGAGACCGGCUUUUACACUGUAUGGGUCAGCUGAUGCAGCACCAUGGCUGCAGAUCUCACUUGAGAGACCGGAGCAAGCUGACUGGUGUGGAGGAGCGCUUUGACAUGGUGGUCGACUCCAAUGAUGUCAUCCUGGAGAAAGUGGGGAUUUUGCUGGACGAGGCUUCUGGAGUGACUCGGUCGCAGCAGCCUGUUAUGCCUGCAGGGUAUCAGCCUCCCAAAAUUGUGGUAUCUAGUUGGAAUCGCAAGGGCGGUGACCGCAGUGCCGAGACCUUCCGCCUCCUUCACGCCAAGAACAUCCAGCGGCCGCAGCUCAAGUUUAAGGAGAAAGUGGAUAACAGCAACACGCCAUUCAUCUCGAAAAUCUUUGUCAAGCCUAACGCUCUAAAGCCUCUGGCUCCAUAUUUCAGUGACAGACGUCUGCGGAAGGAGAAGCCUGAGGAUUCAGAUGUACCUGUGGCACUCUCUGACUUUAUCCACCAGCUGAGAACCCAGGAGCAUAAUGAAGACAUGUUUUCCCAUCCGUACCAAUAUGAGCUGGAGCACCUGAUCAUGCCAGAGAGCCUCAAGAGUAAACCUGAACCACAGAUGUACAAAGUUUUAGCGGCGACAAGUUGCCAGUUCAUUAACACCUUGGAGGAUCUGGCCGCUUUAAACGAGAAGCUGAACAAGAUGACCGAGUUCGCCGUAGACCUGGAGCACCAUUCCUACAGAAGCUUUUUAGGAAUCACAUGUUUGAUGCAGAUCUCAACCAGAGAUGAGGAUUUCAUCAUCGAUACUCUCGAGCUGCGGCGCGAGAUGUACGUUCUGAACGAGAGCUUCACCAAUCCCAGCAUUGUGAAGGUUUUCCACGGUGCUGACUCUGAUAUCGAGUGGCUGCAGAAAGACUUCGGCCUCUAUGUGGUGAACAUGUUUGACACUCACCAUGCAGCUCGCUCUCUUAACCUCGGCAGAAACUCCUUAGAUCACCUCCUCAAAGUCUUUUGCAGCGUGGACUCAAAUAAACGCUACCAGCUCGCCGACUGGAGGAUACGACCCUUACCAGAGGAGAUGAUCAAAUAUGCGCAAGCUGACACGCAUUACCUGCUGUAUGUGUACGAUCGACUAAGAGCAGACCUGUUUGAAGCGGCUAACGGACAGCCAACACUUAUCCAGGUCGUCUGGUCCAAAAGCAAAGAUCUCUGUCUGAAGAAAUACAUGAAGCCCAUCUUCACUGAAGAAUCAUAUAUGGAGCUGUACAAAAAGCAGAAGAAGAGCUUCAACAGUCAGCAGCUGGCCGCCUUUCGUCUCAUGUAUGCAUGGAGGGAUAAACUGGCGAGAGGGGAAGAUGAGAGCACUGGGUACAUCCUGCCCAACCACAUGAUGAUAAAAAUUGCUGAGGAGUUGCCCAAGGAGCCACAGGGCAUCAUCGCAUGCUGUAACCCCACGCCACCAUUGGUGCGCCAGCAGGUCAACGAACUCCAUCAGCUCAUCAAGCAGGCGAGGGAAAUUCCCCUGCUGAAGGCGGAUCUACUCGCAGAAAAGAAGAAAACGCUGACACCAAAGCGAAAGUCAGAGCCGGUGUUGUUUGGGCCCCACGAUUCCUCGCACGUGUCCGAGAGUGACCUUAUGCAGCUGUCCUCCCAUGAAACCCCAACCAAGCGUGGCGCCCUUUUCUCAGAGGAAGAUGAUGCAAAUAUUAUUGAUGACACGACACUUCUGACUGACCUCGUGGCUUGUUCAAAAAUCUCCCUUUUUGCGGAGGAAGAGGAGGUCCCUCAAUCGACUAAACUUACCGUGGCCCAGCAGAAAGCACGCAGCAUCAUGGAGUCUUUUGAAAACCCGUUCAGAAUGUAUUUACCUUCAAAGGAUAUACACAUCUCGAAAAAUGCUAAAUACGACCCUUCGUCAAAGAUUUACGAGAUCAGUAACCGGUGGAAGCUGCAGAAUAUGGAACAGCAGCAGAAGGAGGCUCAGGCUAAACAGCAAGCUAAAGAGCAGCUCAAGAAAGCUAAAGAGGAGCGUAAAAAUGCCAAGCAGAGCUAUCAGGAGUCCCUGCAGGAUGUCAGUACAGUAAGGCAGCAGGUCCUGGAAGCUAAGAAAGGGGCACAGAAAAGAGAGAGGGUUACGAGUGAAGCGGGUGAAGACACCGGCAAGCCGAAGAGGAAAUCCACGAAGAGCGAGAAGUCCACCGUCGCUUCUCCUGCAACUUCUAAAGCGAGUCAGCCAGCAACGUCCGAUUCCUUCACACCUUACGAUUACAGCCAGUCUGAUUUCAAACUGUUUGCAGGUCAACCUAAAGAUUCCACACAGUUCGAUCCAAACAGGCAGAGUCAUGAACCUAAACGGAAGAAAAACCUCAAAGGAAAUAAGCAAAGUUCUAUUGGAGGCAGGAGCAUGUCCUAUCUGCCUGCUAAAUCUGACAGAGGAUUUCGUCAUAACUGGCCCAAGAGAUAAAUCUCUACAACCUGUUUUUUUGUUGGUUUUUUUUUAUUUUUUAAAUGGGGGUCAUUUUAUCUAUAUAUUUCUAUAUAGUACAUUUGGGGAAAUGAUACACAGUGCUGUAUGCAAUUUGUGGAAGACCUUUCAUUAAAAAUAACCUUCUAAA